CUCAUAGUUUCAAACGUCAUUGUCGUCUAUCUGUGAGCAAGUGACUUUUCUGAUCUUGUCCUCUCAUCAUUGAGCUCCGGAAAAAUAAAGAUAAAUAGACAAGAAUCUGUGCUUCAAUAGAUCAUCUGAGGGAUUUGACUGAAUCAAGAUGCUGCUGAUCAUUGAAGCUCUUCUUCUCAUUUUAGCUGCUCUAGGACAGGAUCACAGAGCUGCUGCAGGACAGAAAUAUCCAUUAAAUAUGGCACUGAAUUCUGUUGACGACCAAUAUAUGGGCUGUAGAGAGAAAAUGGAAAAACUGGUGGAGACAAAAUAUCUGAAGAAGGAAAUCAAAGACUCUUCUGAAUUUAGGGAUACUUGGCACGAUGGUGAAAACAAAGCCAAGAAACCACAGGAUAAUUUGAAACAGAUUCAUUCAGUCGCCAUUUAUGUGUACACUAACAACAAUUCGCAUGUAUAUCGUAAUUUCAACAAUGCUGUUCGUGGUGAGAAACAAAAAUACAAAGACCAGAAAUUCAAAUGGUAUUCACUUCACUUUCUGUUAACAGAAGCGGUACAGAUUCUGAAGAAAACACAAAACAAAUGCUAUUCGACAUAUCGUGGUUCGACUGUUGAGUUUGAUAAGAUUGUUCCUAACACAAAGGUUCGUUUUGGUUCAUUUACAUCCUCCUCUCUUGAUCGUAAAGUAGCAAAUGAUUUUGGACUUAAAUCUUGUUUUGAAAUUGAAACUUGUGAAGGUGCUGAUGUGAUCAAAUACUCCAAGUAUCCUGACCAGAAAGAGGUACUGAUUCCUCCAUAUGAGAAAUUUACAGUUGUUGAUGUCAAGACAAAAGGUCAGGAAGGUGCCUGGUGUGACACUGUGUUUAAGUUAAAAAGCUCUGGGAAAAAAAGUUACCUGAACUGUGGUGCUGAUGUAAAACUGGUACAAGACAGGGCCAAACUUUAAAUCUUCACUCAUUGUGUCUCGUCAAGUCAAAAGUUGCUUCCUUUAUAAUGUUUGAUAGCUUCAUUAAUUCUAAAUGAUAAUCAUCUUUUCAAGUUUAAAGUAAAUGAAAUGUUUGUUUUUUUUAAAUCUAGUUUCACAGUUUUCACAUGUAACUUUAUUUUGUGUAAGGGGAAAGUGAAUAGGCAAAAGCUUGUUAAUAGGCAUAAUUUUAACUAGGCCUACAUGUUAAUAAUAAUGUACCAGCUAAAAGGGUUUCUUUCUUGAGAAAAAUUAACAUGUACUGUAGCUGGUAUAUAUCCAAAUAAAUUGAUAUUGAAAUGAAAUCGAAUCGCAAACAAUUUUGUCAAUGCUCAGCCUGUUUUGAGUUUAGUUGUUUUUGAUCAGGUUUUCUGUUCUGUUCAUGCCUGAGUUUCUUGGUUGUUUUUUGUUAAUUAGUUCAGUUCUCCUUUUUUCCCUGCACGUUUGUUUCCUAUGUUACUGAGUAUUCUGUUCAGGUGUGUCUAUUUAGUCUCCCCCUUUGUUUGCUAGGUGUAUUUAAGCCCUCUUCAGGCCUUGUCCACACGUACAUGGGUAUUUUUAUAAACUGAGUUUUUCCUGCUUCGGUUAAAAAAAAAGUGUCCAUAUGAAACUACAAUAACAUGCUAGGAAGCGCUGUCAAGAGCGUGCCAAACCAACAGAUGGUGAUUCAACCCUAAUCGUAAAGCCAUUUUGGCCAAUCAGAAGCCUGGAAUAAAGGUUAUUACCGGUUCUGGUUCCAAUCAAAAUCUCUGGUAUUACCGUCUACCGUCUUUUCGAUUCACCCUGGCAGGAGUUUUCAAAAAUGUUCGGUUUUAGUAACCGGAUACUGCAUUUGCGUGUGAACGAACAGCCAAACCACAUAGAAAAAGCUGCGGUUUUGAAAAUACCUGCGUUCAUGUGGACAGGGCCUCAGUUUGUUCCUUGUCUUGCAUUGUUUAACGUUGAUGUGUAUGUGGUUGUCAUUUCUUAUACUUAUUCUCCUGUUAGUUGUGUUGAUUAUCAGAUUAAACUCUGUCUGAGCAUUUCCUGAGUCGUGUGCUUCAUAACAGCCACCUACUCUGUGACAAAGGCCUAAUAAAAACACAGUCGGUCUACCAGUCAUUGUACCAUCUAAACAUUAAAUUGUUAUCAGUAAACCUAAUGAAAUUCUGUUCAGUUAUGAAAUGUUUUGACAAUCACAAUACAGUUCUUAUGAUGCAAGAUUUUUUUUUUUCUUUAAAAUAAC